AUUAUCUUCGCUUGUUCGAAUUCCUCGUAUUUGAGAUUUGUCCCGUUUUGUUUGUUUUGAUUUUAAAUUCAAUUUGAUAAUGGAUGUUGAAGAGGAUAAAUUCUUCGGUUUGUGCAAAUGUUGUCUUCAAGACGGCUGCUUCAGGAGCUUGUGGGCUGAACAUGAAGAUAACGGGGUGUUGCAGAACUAUGGGAAAAUGCUUAACGAAUGCUUUUCGUUGCAAUGGCCGAAACCCAACAACUUUCAUUUGGAGCAGAUCUGCGAUGAUUGUUCCAAGCGCACCUUGGAUGCUUAUAACUUUCGAAAGCUGGUCCUAUCGAGUCACAAGCAGCUUGUGUCCUGUACUGAGCAGCCGUCUGAGGUUACAGAAGUUCUUGAUGCUGCAUCAGGAGAAAUAACCCUGAUUAUAAAAGAAGAGGCUUACGAAGAAACUGUAGAUUUUGUAAAAUAUGAAGAAACGGGAGAAUUUGAAGAAGUGGAGUAUUUAGAGAUGGAGGAGGAGAAAGAAUACAAAAUGGAUGUAUUGAACGUGGAGACUCAGGAAGAACAACUUGUUGAUGACCCAGACUACUACCCGGAAGUGCCCAUUAAACAGGAAAAAAGAUGGCGGCCGAAGAAGAAAAAAGGCGAGCACAAACGCUGUUACAAGAAUUAUUCCAUCGACGAUUUGAGGCAGAGCUUUGAGGCGGCUAGGAGCGGAGUGAUGUCGGUGGCGGAGGCGGCGGCGGCGUACCGCGUGCCGCGCAAGACCGUGGCCGCGCGGCUGCUCAGCCACAGGAGGGGCAUUCCUAUGACUUCUAAGUCUGAGAAAGACGACGGCCUGAUGAAAGAAGUGAAGACCCUAUUAACGUACACGAAUAUGACGCCGUACAAGACCCGUACGGCCCACUACCACUGCGCUUAUUGUGGCACGGAUGGACCCAUGUUCGAAGAUACUGACGAGUUACGGACCCACACAAGGACACAGCAUGCAGGUGAAAGAACCAAAGCUGUAGAAAAUUUCCUCCGUCCACUCUGGCUCAACGAGAUCCUCAAAGUUGACAUCGAGAACCUCCUGUGCACCGUCUGCUGCACCCCCCUUGUGACUUGGAACGACAUGUUCCUACAUCUCACCGAGAAACAUGGCCUGGUCUUCGAUGAGGCCUACACUAGAGUCAUACCUUACAUACUGAAAUCGGACCUCCACUGUGCUCUAUGUAAGGCUAACUUCCCGAAUUACCACCACCUAGACUCACAUAUGAACGCUCAUUAUAAUAACUACAUGUGCUCCGAAUGUGGUGAUACUUUUGUUGCUUCAUCCCGAUUGAAGAAACAUCUUAAAAUCCAUGACACGGGGAGAUUUAUAUGUGAUGAGUGCGGCAAAGUAUUUUCUUUAGAUAAAUACAGGAAAAAACAUGUCGAACUAGUACAUAAACAGGAACAGAAAAUACAAUGUCUCUAUUGUCCGGAGAAAUUCCUAAACACUUAUCCGAGACAUUUACAUGUCCUAGAACAUCAUAGAGAGAAAGUUAAAACUAUAACCUGCGAGUUGUGUGGGAAGACUUUCGAUUGGAGACCCUAUUUUCUGGUUCAUGUCAGAAGGAAACAUAAUGAUGAAAAGAAUUACAUUUGCAGAUAUUGCGAUAGAAGGUUUUUCAUGAAAAUCGAGUGUAAGCGACAUGAGAUGUCGGCUCAUUUGAAAAUCAAUACCAAGUGUAGGGUGGUCGCCCAAUUGCCUCAAAAGCCAGGGAAAUAUGCUUGUAGUUUUUGCGGUAAGCAGUAUUUAAAUAAGAAUUGUUUGAUAACACAUUUUGACACGCAUAAGGUUGUGUUAAAUAUUGACGAGUUAAACGCCAUUACUGAGAGCUGUGCGCUUAGUAAAAAUGGGCUUAAUACUUCAAUUGAUUCUUAAAAAUCAUACUAAAGCAAAGAGAAUUAAGUAGACAGAGUGCUCACUCCAUACAUCAGUUUUGUUACCAAAAAGACUACUAUUUUCGUGGACGACAUCUAGCGUCAAGUAGCAGAAUUAUCAGUACUGCUUCUCGACAAUAGAUGUCGCGACGAACGGAAAGUAAUGCUCAGCGAUUUUCAGCUAAUAUUAUAACCGGAUUAACCGGUACUCUAUUUUCAACUCCUGCUGGUAAUAUUAGUUGUAAAUUGUUGAGCAAUACACUUUUCGUCAGUCGCGACACUAGUGACACCUAGUGUCGAGUAGCAGUACUGAUAAUUCCGCUACUUGACGCUAGAUGUCGACUACGAAAAUUAUAAUCGUUUUGGUAACAAAACUGAUGUAUGAAGUGCACUAUGCUGACUUAUUUCUAUUAUUAUAAUGUUAAAUAUAUUAAACCGGGUCACUUACAUAUAUUAAGUCGCCGAUUGCUCGACAUGUCAAGAUGCUACUCGUUAUGGAGCGAAACAUGUCGUGCAAUACGUGAGUGACCCGGCCAUUAAAAUCAACAGCAAAAUGAAAAUCGACCAAAGACAUUAAGUCGAAUAUUGUGUUACAGCCUGACCAGUAAUAUAUGGUCAUUGUCAAGAGGGCGCUGUUAUUCUCAUGUAUAGAGUGACAGUCAAGUAUAGUAUGAAAAAAUUAGUUCCAGUGAAAUUCCGCAAAAUAGCGCGUGAUCUAUUCCUGGCCAGGCUUUAUUUACAUAUAAAAUGAAUUAGUGUGUACACUUUUACAUCGCAGAGUUGUGAAUCAUCCGCAACCGUAGAAUAACUUAGUUUUAGGACUUUAAUUGUGACGUUUUCAACCAAAAGGUACCACAUUGUCGCUUGUCGAUAAGGUUGAUUUCUAAUUGAAGCUAUAUGGAAAAAGCGCCUUAUUGACAAUCGACAAUAAGUACCCUUUUGAUUGAGAAUGGCAUAUUUUAUGAUAGUAAAGCGUAAAGUACCUACUUACUGAUGUGUUAUUGUAUUUUUAAUAAAGUUAUU